AAAAUUCUUUUGCUCUGAAAAAAAUAGCAAUACAAGGAAAUGUGGAAAAUGGCAUGCAACGAUAGAUAUAUGGGUCUAUGUCCUGAACAGGUAAGACAAUGUACACACGUGCUUCCCAGGUAGUCCAACUUAUGACAAGUCAGUCAUACACGUGUUAUUCAAAACAGAUAGUGUCAGAGAAGAAAUAGUGCAUUCUUAAUUAUAUACAUUGGAAUAUUCGAAUCAUAGGAAAUCUACCGAUUCGGAUAAGAAAUAUCCGGAAAGAACGGACGAAAUCAAGUUCCUCAAAAAAUUAAGGUAUUUGUGUUUCUGCUUAUACUUCGGAAAGGACUAUCUGUAAUACCAGAUGAUGCAAAUGAUGUGGAUGUAAACAAAAUCUGUGUUGUGUUUAUCGAGAAUGUUACCAAGACUUCCACUCUCCCUAAAGGUUGAAAAUGGACAUUUGUUCGUCUCUUAUUUGGAGGAUAGAAAGUUCUUCUAAUGAGUAACUUUCACAGGCUUUGAAAGUCUACAAAAAUGUUCCACUACUCUUUGGCGCUGAUGUUAUUCGCAUUGGUAAACAGCGUUUGUAUGAUUUACACAAUGGAAACUAACUGUGUACCAGAAUGUUUAAUGUACAACCAGAGCAUAACAAAUGCGCAUCUUAUGAAUCAAAACGACCAGCCACUGAAAACAGUUUCUCGUAUAAUGUAUAUAGGAGUACCUAUCAAUAAUUGUACCGUGAUCAGGCAGUGUUAUAUUGACAUCGAUAAGGUUUUGGAACUAUUCAAAUUUGAUGACAGUCCUGCUCUUGCUAUAAUAGACUUUUACUGUCUCGACAAGACUAUUAUUCACUUGACAAGAUUUAAUGGGACUCAGCUAGCUAAUGUCAUUAGCUACAUCCAAAUAAAUAAUUGCUCCUUUAGCAUGGAAUCUUAUGAAGUUUUGGGAAAUGUGAUAUAUCCUUUCUCCUUGUUAUUGAGGAAUGCCGGGAUACCAUCAAACUAUACUGUUAUAGAAAAUACCGGAAACCGCUCAAAUAUAUGUAACACAUUGGAUCAAGUGGCCACACUUUGGAUCCACAAUACUCUUAAUGCAGUCAAUCCUUUGACUUUUCAGAAUAUCUUAGACCUUUUUCAAUGCAGUUUGGAAUUUCCAAACUUAAAAGACCUUACCAUUAAUAACGUGCAUCUUAAUUUCUCUUUAUUUGACAUCUCAAAGAAGUUUCCUAACAUAGUGUCUCUGGAAUUAACAUCAAUCGGAUUAACACAACCAAUUUCAUUUCCCUGGAAAGUUCCUUCUAUCUCCUUCCCAAGAAAUCUUUCUUCGUCAGAAUUAACUCUUAACCAUUAUGCCAAAGCAUUUCAUAUAACUGUUGAGAAACAUCAUAUACGAAAACUUCUCAAUUUGAACAUGAACAAAAUUGGGACUCUGGGCAAUUACACCAUACAUGGUGAUUUACAAAUUAUUCAAUUUUCGGGGAAUAAAAUUCAAGACAUAUCGGAAAAUUUAUUUCGAAAUGUUGACGGUUUGGAGCACAUUGAUUUAAGUUUAAAUAAAAUAGAACGUCUUCCUUUAACAGUUUUUGGUGGAUUAUAUUCCCUGAAACACUUUGAUAUUCAUUCUAACAAACUAAAAGAAAUUCAAGAAGAUCUCUUUUUGGAUAACCGGCAAUUAAUUUACCUUGAUAUGUCAAGCAACAACAUUGAAAAAAUCGACAAAAAUGCCUUUCAGUUUUUGAAUGAUUUACAAGAAAUUCAUUUAGAAUACAACCGCAUAGUUUCUGUAGAUACUUUGGAAUGGCCAAUUUACUCAACAAAAUUGCAGUCUUUAUAUUUUGACAGAAAUCCUAUCACACAAUUACCUACGUUUAUCUUUUACCUAAGCGAUUUACAAAUUGCAAGCUUUAAAAAUACACUUAUACAGUUCAAAAAUUUUACAACGUAUAUAAGCAAUAUAUCAUACAGUAUUAUGGCCGAUCAGAUUUUAAAUGGUGUGGACAAAAAAGAUGAUUUGAAUACUAAAGAGAUUAUAGACAAUCCUGGAAUAGUUCUUGCUUAUAUAGAAGAUAAAAAACGGGUGAUUGAUCUAACAGGCUGUAAAAUUAAUCACAUUGAAUUAAUCUAUUAUGGCAGUGAUAGAUAUAACUAUAAUUCUAACCAUGUAAUAAGGGUAAAAUUAAUCUUCAUACUUAAAUACUAUAGACUUAUACUAGAAGGAAAUCCUAUAAACUGCGAUUGUAGGAUAAUACAUCUUAAUAGAUUUAUUGCGCAAAGUAUAAAAUUUGAAUACCUGGACUCAGACAAAAGUUUUCUUAGUGAUUGGAAAUGCCAAGAGCCAUUGGAUAUGAAAGGUCGUGAGAUGAUAACCAUACCGGCCAGUGAAACAUACUGUGAGAAACUAACCGACAAAUGUCCUUCAAAUUGCACGUGUUACACGAGAGCGUUCACAUCCAUCACAAUCGUAGAUUGUCGUAAUCGUCACUUUGUGUUCCUUCCAAAACUUCUACCAGACGGUAUUCUGGAUUUGUGGUUCCAAAAUAACAAUAUCACCACUAUUAGCCUCGGAAAUCGAAAAUACUUCCGUAGAAUUCGACAAUUAUUCCUAUCGGAAAAUCAAAUUGUAAGCAUAAAUGAUGAUGCUUUGAUGAACAUGAAAAACCUUGAUACACUGCUUCUUGAUUCAAAUUAUCUUGUGAGCUUACCAAGGGUUCUUGAAAGAAUGCAGAUCAGAAAUAUAAAAAUUAUGAAUAAUCCCUUUAAAUGUGACUGUCACACAAAGUGGAUGAAGCACUGGAUGUUGCAAAGACGAGGAUCAAUUGAACAAGUGUCAGACGUCACUUGCAAUGUUGAUGACGAGGACGAAAAAGGUAAAUUUUUCAUCAGUGUUUACGAUGAGGAAUUCGUCUGCUUGGAAGAUUUCGAUUCGACAAAGCAUGUGGUUAUACCAAGUAUAACGUGUUCGAUAGUGCUUGUUCUUCUUAUAAUUUUUUUAAGUCUGAUUUACGUGUACAGAUUGGAGGUAAAGGUUUUAAUGUACAUAUAUCUUGGAAUUCAUCCAUUUGAUAAAGAUGAUAAGGAUAGAGAAGAAGUUAUUGACGUUUUAGUUCUUCAUGCGGCGGAUACUACAGACUGGGUGAUGGAAAAUAUCGUGCAGUAUCUUGAAUUCCACAAAAAUUAUUAUGUUGUUUGUGAGAUGAUGAGAGAUUUUGUUGCUGGAUUUACAUAUUUAGAAAACAUUGCUAGUAUUGUAAAGCACAGCAAAAGAAUGUUGAUUGUUUUGUCUACCGAAUUUAUUGAUGAUGACUUAUUAAAGGUCGCAUGGAAUGAGGCACAAGAAAAAAUCAAGGAAUUAAGAACAAACUAUGCAAUUGUGGUAUGUUAUGACGUGACAUUGAAAGAAAUUAUGAUUAAAGACAUGCAAAGGUAUAUUAAAAGAGGACGGUACAUUGACGCAAAACAGGCUCUUUUCCACGAAAAAUUGUUAUAUUCCAUGCCGCAGUAUAAAGACAUUGAUAACAAAAACAAAAGUCUACCUGAUAUUAAACACUUUAUUCAAGAAACCUACGGAGAAGAUGGAUUUGACGAUGAUGUAUACAAAAAGCACGCGUUUGUAUCAUACCCCGACUGUGAAAUGCCUUAUAUAAUGAAUGAACUGCGACCAACAUUGGAAGACAACGGGUACCUGUUAUGUCUUCCAGACCGUGACUUCCUCCCGGGUGCCUCGAAGGAAGAGAAUGUUCUAAAAGCUAUUGACUUUUCUCUACACACUUUAUUCAUUCUUUCUGGAAAUCAUCUACAAGAUGAAUGGUCCGUUUUUACGUUUAGAAUCGCCAGUGAAAAAUCCUUACGUGUUAGAAGUAAUCAUUUGAUUGUUGUCAUUGGACAAGAUGCUGAUUUGGACACGAUGGACGAUGAAGUACGAUUUUACAUAAAAACACAUGUUACUCUUAGAGUUGACGAUAAGUUAUUUUUCAAGAAAUUGUUGAAUUCUCUACCGGAUGUUGAAGCCCGCCUUCCCAAUAUUAUUGAAGAUAUAGCUAACGGGCGUCAACGUUAUCCGCAGAACGGAAUAGAACGUCAUUACGACGAAGAUGAUGAUCAUGAUGAAGUUGAAGAAGUAAACGGGAGGAUUGGGAGGGACCAUGCUCAAAAACAACAAACAAUCGUCGCUGAAAUAAACUAUAGAGAAGCAAACGGCCAUGUUGCAAAUAGGCAUAUAGGAAAUGGAACAAUACAGCUCGACAAUGCUGCUUACGUCCAUGAAGAGGAUGUACAUGUUGAUCUCGAUCGAGAGGAGGAAGAAGACGAAGUGUAGCUCAAAUAUUGUGUUGCUGAAAGUCACUGAGACACAAAACGCUUGUUUUAUUAUUUAUUUGCUCAUCCAGAACUUUUUACUUUCAUACUAAUUCAUGAUUAUGUAAUUUAUUUUAUUAUUGGGGAGAGUCAGAGAGAGUGUUAAAUAUAUAGAUAGAAAGGGAGACAGAGAGAUAGAGAGCUAGUAUAUAUCCAAAAAGAAAUUUGCAAGAGGUGUUUAUUUGAUCUCUGUGUGUCUAUUAGCCUCAGCAAAUGUGAAAUAUAUUGUCGAAACAUGUACAUUUAAUGAAUAAUGUGAAUUUAUAUGAGAAGCAUUAAUUUUAACUGUUGUGGAAACGAAUUCAAAUAAAAUAACAUAC